AAAUAAAUAUUGUCUAUGGCCGAUUGUUGUCGGACAAAAUGACGUUUUGCAAAAGUCUCAAAUCUCACUAAAAACGAAUAAUUUUCGAGUGCACCUCUGUGUUAAAACUAAGCAGUGAUUUUAAAUGGCAACGCAAUAAAUCUAUAAAUAAAAUAUUUACGUAAAACGAUGUGUGACGUGUUCAUGCUCAAAUUGUUAACUGUAGCAACAAACUGUACUCGCAUGUAAAAUUAUAAAACAUGGAUGAGCGGAAAGUCGCCGAUUACUUUGUUAUCGCUGGUUUACCUGAGAAACCGGAAUUACUUGAUGAUUGCGACUCUGGACAUCUCAAAGGAUACAGUACAAAGGCACCAAUCACUGACAUAGGUGUGAUAUUCCCCGGCCUUGAAGAGACAGUCCCUGAUGGCUUCGAAGUCCUAGAAACGACACCGACAGGUUUACCAGCAGAUUUGAAUCAUGGGUCCAUGCGGUCACCAGAAUGUUACCUCUGCAUACGUAGAGGCAGGGAUCGACCGCCGCUUGUCGACAUCGGUGUCAUGUAUGAUGGAAAAGAACGGCUCAUGGCGGACGCAGAAAUGGUCCUCGUCUCUGCCGGCGGUCGAUUGGCCAACGUGAAUAACUCUACAGCUAAAACCUUCAUUACGUACAGACGAGCGCACCCAGGGGCACCAUGUAAUGCUCUCGUGGUCGUCGAUGUGUGUGUGAUUGUCGCGAGCAAAGGGGAAUGUCCACCACAUGCCUUUUGUAUGAUCCCUAAGAAUUUGAAUAAAGGCUUAAUGGGCAGUGAUGUGUUUCUCUGCUACAAGAAGUCAAUGAACCGUCCACCACUAAUUGCCUACAAACCCGAUGUGCUGUUCAGGUAUCCAACGGUAGAAAAACGUAACUUAGUAUUUCCUACAUCCGUGCCACUAUUCUGUCUACCGAUGGGAGCGACCCUAGAACUAUGGCCUAACAAUGCAGCGAUGCCUAAACCAGUAUUCUCUACUUUUGUAUUAACUGUUGCGGAUGCUACUUAUAAGGUUUACGGCUCAGCAGUGACGUUCUACGAGAAGUACCCAUAUACUCAGUUAACAGAAGAACAAAUGGAACUGUUAGGAUGGCGGGAAGGAGUCUCACAUAACACUCAUUCAGUGUAUGCUAUCAAGUGCAUUUGUUUACUGUCCCGGUGGCCUUUCAGCGAUACUUUUGAAAGAUGGCUGCUUUAUAUACUGGAAAUGUCAUGGAGUAAAGAACCUUUAAAUAUACCAAUAGAGAGGUAUAUAACACAUUUAUUAGAAGAAGUGCCCUUCCCAGAACCAAGAAUAUUGUUACAACUAUCUCCAACAAACCAACACGAUCGUGUAAUAGUGACCCGUCGAGACGACCAGCCACUAGUGCGCAGCGGUGCCAGUUUCCGACAGUUACUGCUAAACCUAGGACCGGACAACUGUUUACUUGUGCUAGCUUUAGCUAUCACUGAACAAAAAGUACUUAUACACUCGCUUAGGCCUGAUACUUUAACAGCAGUCUCAGAAGCCGUCUCAAGUCUCCUGUUUCCGUUCAAGUGGCAGUGUCCAUACAUCCCAUUAUGCCCAUUAGGUUUAGCAGAAGUAUUACACGCUCCGUUGCCAUACCUCAUUGGAGUCGAUUCGAGAUUUUUUGAUCUGUUCGAACCCCCACCUGAUGUAACCUGUGUUGAUUUAGACACUAAUAAUAUUACAAUAUGCGAGUCACAAAGGCAUAUAUCUCUCAAACUACUGCCGAAGCGACAAGCGAGAGCUCUUAGACAAACGUUAGAUUUACUUUACGGAAAUAUUAGACCAGCCUCACCAGUUCACCAUUCAAGCGAAGCUAAAUACAAUGGAGAGCCGACCACAAGUUUAGACAGGGAUUUCCAAAAGAGGAAAAAGGAGCAAGCAUUAGAGUUGAAAAUCCAAGAAGCGUUCCUUCGCUUCAUGGCGGUGACUCUACAAGGUUACCGUAACUAUCUCAUCCCUAUAACGAAGGCGCCUACAGUCGGUACUACUGACCCACAUGCACUGUUUCAUAUGGACGCCUUUUUGCGGUCGAGGGACAAGACACACCAACGUUUCUACAGCCUAAUGAUGCGUACGCAAAUGUUCACACGUUUCAUAGAGGAACGCUCGUUCGUAUAUGAGCCGGACCAGGGUCUAACUUUCUUCGACGAGUGUAUAGAAAGGGUCGCCGUAGGAGACGAGCAGUUACUCGGAAUGGAUACUAGUAAUGCAUCUGAGAGGACCGCUUUCGUUCUACCGCCUGAUCCACCUGACCCAGAGGCUCGGUAUACAUACUCUCAGUUCGAGUUGGACCCGGCCGUGAUGUCGGGCUGCAGCGGACGAGCCAGGGGCGCCGCCCUCGGGGCUCUGCCCCCCGCCGCACUACACUCCGCCGAAUCACUCACUGACGCAGAGCCCAUGGCCAGACGUACUAAACAUGAGAUUGCCGCAGCGCAGAGACUAGCCCGCAAAGCCAGUUUAUCAGCGGAAGCUUGGGCGAAAUGUUUGCUAGGCGCAUGCUACUCCCUAUACUUCCUGUCGCUGCCAUGUCGAAUGAUGUUGAAUAGAGGCCGGGAACAUUCCACCUUGAGAGCUGCGUUCGAACUGUUAGAGCGGGCUACCAAGCUAAAAGUUCCUUGUGACGAGGUAUGCUACCGCGUAAUGAUGCAGCUAUGCGGCAACCACUCGCUGCCAGUGCUAGCGGUGCAGCUCCUGUUCCUAAUGAAGCGCGCCGGCCUGCAGCCCAACGCGCUCACGUACGGGUACUACAACCGAUGCGUACUCGAAGCUACGUGGCCGCAGGAUAUGCCCAGUGGCGCGCAGUUACUAUGGAACAAGCUACGUAUUGCAGUGGUCGGCGCAGCAUUGUUCCGGAAAGCAGGCGCUCAGCGAGCAAGCAGAAACACUCUCAAUUCUACGUCGGCUGGCAGCAGUAGUACCCUGCCCCGCGUACGGUCCGCGGCGGCAGUGGGCGAGGGCGGGGAGUUAGCCGGGCUCGCCAACAUGGCCGCCUGCGAACCUGCUCACAGCCGGACUAGCUUGGACUCUGCGUGUGGCCGCGAGGCGGAGGCCCGCUCGUCCGCGUUCGAGGCGUUGGUCCGGCGCGGGAACAUCGUCCGCGCCGCCACCUCGCGCGCCCACGCACACGCCAUGUCCGCCGCCGCGGGGAUACUCAUCUCUGGUGUUCCAUCGAACCCGGAUUUGAGUGAAGCGUCAAGACCAAGAAGUAAUUCAUUAAGUAACGAAGAGUCGUCUACGCCCAUCCCUAUACCAGAGAAAAGACAAACAAUACACGUAAGUCCGGACAGUCCGUCAGACCUCCGUAUCCUCACGCGGUCGGAGAGCUUCGCGGGAGACGCACAGAUCGUGCAACAAAUACAGAGGCUAGCGUUCCCUAAUGUAACAACCCCCAACACAAAAUCUCGGUGUUCCCGGACACUAAGUUUCCCUGAGGAGCCGGAGAAGGAAGCUGCGGCCACUGAUCUAUCUGAUGCCAAGACCUCACCACUCAAAGUAUCAGCCCGCACUCCAGUCCUGAGCGACGACCCCCUAGGAGCCCUCAGUCAGCCGGACGCCCCAGUGGAGCCCCCAGUGUCGAGGCCCCUAGAGGACGAGCCUACAUUACCGAAGCACGAGCUGAGCGUCAGUCCCAAGUUGUUCCACCGCCGCAGUAACUCCUUCCAGGACGAUCCGACGCCAGACCAUGCAGGGAAACUGCACAGAAGUGAGACGGCACCCGCUGGUACAGUCUCUUCAAGCCUCGUCAGUCUCGGCAACACACUCAAGAUCAGCUUCGGACGCUAUUCGCCCGCCCGACUGUCGUUGCGCAAGGAAAACAUGAAACUUGGGAAGGCAAUGAUCGAGAAUUACUUCAGCCCUACGAGUAUAGCUGGAAAAAGGUCGAAUGAGUUAUUACAAAGUGGGCUGAGUAGUCUGAAGUCUGCUGCAACGAGUGUGGCGAAAAAGUUCGAUGAAAUGAAAGAAGUUAUAUCUGCCAACUCUACUCCUGUGAAGGGUGCGUUCGGUAACGCGACCAGCGCUCUAAACAGUCUCAUCGGAGAGGAAGAUUCUACUGACGGAUCGUCCGAAAUUAAUCCUGAUGAAUGGGUUGGCGGCGUUGGGUUCAGACGGGCGUCUAGCGAUGCGGAGUUAGCUUGCUCCAUGGAGCGCGGCUCCCUCGCUACGCUCAUCUCGCACCUUCCAGACAACCUCUACCCAGCCAUGAGUGAGCACACGACAUCAGAGAACUCGUCAAUAGUGGUUCAUCUAUCGUCGUGCUCGCAAUGCCAUCAGUGCCUGGCAUUCCUAUAUGACGAGGAUAUAAUGGCGGGCUGGGCGGCAGACGACUCCAAUCUCAAUACUAGAUGCAUCGCGUGCGGCAGGCAUACCGUGCCUUUAUUGUCUGUACAGAUAUUCCGUUCCGGCCAAACACAACCAGAAACGUUAAGUGUGCCUUAUUUAAACCCUCUGGUGUUGAGGAAAGAAUUCGAGUCUAUUCUAGGUAGAGAAGGAGACUCAUGCCUAGCAGAUUCCGGUUUCGUGGAAUCACAUCCAAUCGUCUACUGGAACUUAGUAUGGUUCCUAGAACGAGCCAAUAUUGAGAACCAUCUCCCUGAUCUUUUGUGUCCGGACUUCCAAACGAAGUACCAGAGCACUGACAUGCUCCAUGAUUCGGAGAAAAACGGUGGAUGUCGCGUGAUAUGCCUUUGGGAAGGGAAUACAGAGGGCGACACAAGCGCAGGCGUGGCCUUGCACCGCGCCUGGAGGGAGCGACGUCGACAACACGCGCGGUCGAGGGCGCUGCAGGCGUUACUGCUUACUAGGGACCAGGAACAUGCGGGACAUACCGUGGCACUGGCAGUUCUCAACGGUUUGCUGAGCAAUGACCUCACAGACUCUCUGAGUAAGCUAGCCACGUGGCGGGAGAACACAUCCACACACAAACGAUACCAUUCCUUCUAUAGAGACAUCUUAUUCCUUGCAAUGGCAGCCCUCGGGGAUCAUAAUAUCGACCUCAUAGCGUUACAACGCGAGUACACUCGAGCGCUCGAACAGCUCGGAGGAGAAGCAAGACCCCAGGACCUUCCUCCGUCCCCCACCGCCGUCUGUUGCCGACACUACUUCAAACGACUACGGUUAAUCGUAGAUGAGUAACAAAGUACAUAAAGUACCAAAAACCGAGAUAAAUAUACGUUGCUUUAGUUGCGCAAAAGUUAAGCUUAGUCCAUCAUAAUUGCGCAAACUUUUCCUUUGUUGCGCAAAAAAAAGUUUGGUCUAAUUUGUCCUAAGUAAUGUUUAUUUAACUUGCCUUUGAGUUUGACGUCUUUAUUUCGAUAAUAAAGGCGUGUUUCGUGGUGCAGUAUAGCUGCUUUCUAUUGGGUAAUGUAUUAAUUGUUUGCCUCUGUAAAAUUCAUAUAAUCUUAUCUCAAAUUGCUUACAGUUGAGUCUCUUUUCAAUCUUCUCAUACUACACUUCCUGUUCUUUCGUUUAACUUUUAAUAUUUGCAUUCAAUCAACGAAUUUGUAAACAAUUAUUACAAACCCAAACUGUUGAAGUAAAGUUAAUACUUUAUAAGCUGUCGAACGCGACUAAGAUUUCUCGAGUUUCCAGCAUUAAGUCGCGCCGCGCUUUAUGUGAUCAACACGUAACAACUUUUUAAUGCGUAAGACGCAAGAUCAGCAAAAUGCACCAAUUAAUGAACUUUUAACGUAACUCCAGCUUGAAAUGCUUUUAUUUACGACGGGGCUACUCGAAACGGGUCAAAUCCCUUCAAACGUUUAUUUACACACAUUAUAUUAUUUACAUUUAAAACAAUAUAAAACGUACGUGUAUAUGAAUAGAAUGUAUUGUUUGUUGAUAAAGAGUUAUUUUAUUAUUUGUAGUUUAGUUUUGAUCUUUUCGUUCUAUAUACAACACAAGUAGGAGUACCGUCCAUUUUAUUUUAGAACGAUAUAGUUUAUCGAAGCAUUACGUUUGUAUGACUACAAUACCACAACUAGACGAACUUCACAAGCCCGUCCAAGCGGGAUCAAGGUACACUUGAUUCAACAUACUUGUAAUAAAUGAUGAAUCUAUUAGUAGAAAGUUAACAGUAAGGUCAGGACUGUAAGAUAAGUGGAAUUGUAUGGUGUAUUGUGGCCUAAGUCUCAUGAACAUUGCCCCAAAGUAUAUUUCGAAGUAUUGUUCACUCAUAAGCAAUGUAUGUAAGAAAUUCACGUUUCGGCAUAUCCAUUAGUCUAGGAUCGUGGGUGCUAAGUUAAGUGAGGGGCGGUGGCUGUAGUAACAUAUGUACAUAGAGUUGUUGUAUAGAGUAGGUGUAAGGCCAAGGAGGGCGGUAUAUAAUUGUGCUUAACUAUGUGAUGCUAGCGCAGUGACGCGGUUGAAUUCGUAAACGAAUUGUAUGAUGAGUUUGUGUGUGUUUACAUAGUCACAUUAUUUAUGUCCCAAGCACCCUGAGUGAUUAUUAUAAACACUAUUAUAUAUAACAAUUUUGAAAUAGUAACAAUAUUUUAUACACAGUCGAUUUUUGUGAAAUGUACCAAGUUACAGAGACAGUAAAUAAUGUGACUGCCAAAAUUCAUAAGUAUUCAUGAAAGUGUCAAUAUAGUUAGUUGAUAUGAUGAGAUCAUAUUGUUUAAUUUUAUCUAACCAUUCUCUAUUUACUUGAAUCGUAUGACUGCCAUCUAUUCUGAAUAGCAUUGUAUGCCUUUAGUAAAACGUAGCAGUUCUUAACUAAUAUUUGUUACUUU